CAUGCUCGCGGUGGCUCUUUAUUGCGGCCGUGAGCUGCACUGCGUUUCUCUGUGAGCGACACAGGGAGGAAGAGAACGGACAGGGCAGUACAGCACCAUGACAGCCAACACGUACGACGUGAUAGUGAUUGGGGGAGGCAUUUCAGGUUUAAGUGCAGCUAAGCUGUUGGUGGAGAGUGGUUUAAACUCUGUGGUUUUAGAAGCCAGAGACCGUGUCGGUGGAAGAACUUACACUGUUCAGAAUAAACAUGCCAAAUGGGUGGAUUUGGGCGGAGCAUACAUCGGGCCAACUCAAAACCGGAUUCUGCGUCUGGCCAAGGAGUACGGCGUUCAGACUUACAAGGUCAACGAAGAAGAGUCCCUAAUUCACUAUGUGAACGGGAAGUCGUAUCCAUUCAAGGGGCCUUUUCCCCCAAUGUGGAACCCUUUAGCCGUGAUGGACUACAACAACCUAUGGAGGACUAUGGACGAGAUGGGUAUGCAGAUCCCACAAGAAGCUCCAUGGAGGUCCAAGCAUGCUAUAGAGUGGGAUAAAAUGACCAUGAAAGAGCUCUUGGACAAAGUUUGCUGGACAAGCACUGCCCGCCGCUUUGCCACGCUGUUUGUAAAUGUAAACGUGACCUCGGAGCCUCACGAGAUUUCCGCUCUCUGGUUUCUCUGGUAUGUCAAGCAGUGCGGUGGUACCAUGAGGAUCUUCUCCACCACUAAUGGAGGCCAGGAGCGAAAGUUUGUAGGAGGAGCAAAUCAGAUCAGUGAGUGCAUGGCCAAAGAGCUGGGAGACAGAGUCAAGCUUCAGAGUGCUGUCUACAGCAUUGAUCAGCGUGGAGACAUGGUGGAAGUCAAGACUGUCAAUGAGGAGACAUAUAAGGCAAAAUACGUCAUUGUUGCCAUACCUCCAGGGUUGAAUCUGAAGAUCCACUUUAACCCUGAACUUCCUCCACUAAGGAAUCAACUUAUCCACAGAGUCCCCAUGGGCUCAGUCAUCAAGUGCAUGGUCUACUACAGGGAGAACUUCUGGAGGAAGAAGGGCUACUGUGGAACCAUGGUGAUCGAAGACGAGGAGUCGCCUAUUGGCCUGACUCUGGAUGACACUAAGCCAGAUGGAACAGUGCCAGCCAUAAUGGGUUUCAUCCUUUCACGUAAAAGCAGGAAGCUGGCUGGACUCACCAGGGAGGAAAGAAAGAGGAGGAUCUGUGAGAUCUAUGCUCGUGUACUAGGCUCUGAGGAAGCUUUGCAUCCUGUGCACUAUGAGGAAAAGAACUGGUGUGAGGAGGAAUACUCUGGUGGCUGCUAUACGGCCAGCAUCCCCCCUGGAGUCCUUACUCAGUAUGGCAAGGUCCUGAGGGAGCCUGUGGGCAGACUUUACUUUGCAGGCACUGAGACAGCUACAGAGUGGAGUGGCUAUAUGGAAGGGGCUAUUCAGGCUGGAGAGAGAGCAGUCAGGGAGAUUUUGGUUUCAAUGGGCAGACUGCAUUCAAGCCAAAUCUGGCAAACAGAGCCAGAGUCAAUGGAUGUCCCUUCCUUGCCGUUUGUCACCACAUUCUGGGAGAGAAAUUUGCCGUCUGUUGGAGGAUUCUUCAAGUUCAUGGGCAUGUCCUCAGUCCUGGCAGUUGCCGCUAUUGUAGGCGCUGUGGCCUGUAAAAAGGGGCUUCUUCACCGAUGCUAGAGCUCUCACUUUAGUGUCUCACUGGCCAUGGUUAAGACUGCUUUCUCCAUACGGUCACCGCACCAGGGCUAUGCUGCUGACUAGGCGUGAGCUUGUCAGUUCUAGAUUUGAUUUUGAAAGUAAUUUUAACACUUUAUCAACCAAUCACAUUUUAUGUACAAAUUUCCCAGUGCAAUGAAGAAAAUAUGUACACUUUCCUGUUAAAAUAAGAGCUGCUUUUUUUUUGAAGGGAUACACCAUAUUCAAAGGUGAGAAGCAGUAAAGAUGAUUGCCUGGCCACUAAUCUUUUACAAAUUUCCAAGGCCACAGACAACAGUUACAUUUCACUAUAUAGUCACAACACUUAUUCUCACGUACAAUACAGAGUGUUCGUCUUGAACACGGUUACCUCUGAUGAUUUUAGGUGCUGUUCUAAGGAACUCCAAACCUGAACUAGCCUCUCAAACUACGUGUGACAAAAAAGUGACUAAAGCAUUAGCGGACUUAUGUUUUAUGAUAGUGUAUCACAAGCAACAUGAUAUUUACACCAUAUGUUUUCUCUGACACAUGCCACACAAAGUGCUCACUGAGUGGCCCGUAGUCGCUAAAGCUAGAGAAAGCCCAGGUUGUUUCUUCAUGCUGCUGUGCAUGAUUGAUUGUGGCAUUCGUGUCAAUUAUGAUUUGAUUUUUAAUGAAUGUAUUUGAAUGUUGUUGUUGUUUUUUUUCUUUAAAUAUUGUAUAUGAUUUUCAACAUAAUUUAGACAGAUUUAUACUUGAUAUAUACAUUAAGUUGUUGGUUGGGUUUGUUUCACAUUUUAAGUGUAUGAAGGUGAUUUCCAUUCAUCCAUACUGUCACUUUUCACCAUAUGUCAGCAUUCACAGGUAUAUCAUUCCUACAUCAUAUCUAUCUGGCUAUAGAAUAGAAUAGAAUAGAAUAGAAUAGAAUAGAAUAAAAGACUCAGCGUGAUGGUUCCCACACUUCGUAUUCAAGGUUGCGCAGAACAGCGUGCUGGAGUAUAAUAUUAUAAUAUAUAUAAUAUAUAAUAUGUCUCUGUUUAACAGUAAAGACAGUUUAUUUCUGACACUCUAGAUGUGUUCUUCACUGCUUAAGCUUAGAAUGAUGAUACAAACCAAUCACAAAUUUGACUUAAAAUUGUGACUAAAUGAAAAUGAUGUGGGAAGACAGAAGAAAUGGGACAUUGAAUAGAUGUUUGUGUGUGUGUGUGUGUGUGUGUGUGUGUGUGUGUGUGUGUGUGUGUGUGUGUGUGUGUGUGUGUGUGUGUGUGUGUAAGCCCAGUGUUUUUGGAAUGUGUCAGUGUUCCAAAGGUAUGUUGUAUUGUUUGUGGUGCCUUAACGAUUUAGACGUGUUUGUCAUUUCUAAAGUGCCUCUGUGAUUGUGUGUGUGUGUGUGUGUGUGUGUGUGUGUGUGUGUGUGUGUGUGUGUGUGAGGGCAAUGAGCUCCUGGGUCUGCCACUGGCUACUUUAGUGAAUAGAUUCUUCAUAUAACUUACUUCUUUCUUCUUUAAGUGUUUGUUUAUGCAGCACAAAGAUGAUAAUGUCACCUUUUUUUUUUAAAUAAUCCUCAUAACGCCGCUAUCAUGUCUUGCCAGCUGUCGUGUUCUUGUGGUCAUGCUCAUGCUGAUGGGUCAUGACUGUUAAGAGUUUCUUGAGCCAGCACAAUGUCACUAACUCCUAAAGUAGCCAGAGGAACCAGAGAAAACUGAUGUGAACCAGAUAUUAAGUGCUGACUAAUCUAUUUCAAAGUUUACCAUAGCAUAAAGUAGCUUUUUAUCCAGAAUCUGGUGGACUAUGAGCUGUAAUGGUGCAGUGAAUCUGUCAGUGAUGUCCUCAUGUCAUGUUGUAGUUGAUGGAACCUCUUUGUCUGGUGAGUCAUGUAUUGUGCUUUAACAAAGCUUUGCUAAACCAUGGUGCAGUCUCUACACUUUGUCUGCUGCUGAUUGUGCUAGUCUUGAGUGAGAACCCUUUGUCAAAGCCAUGUGUGUUCACAGUGUCCAAUGUCUUAGACUUGUAAUUGCAUUACUUAAUUUCUUUGUACAAAUCCAACAACACAGAUGGUAAUAAAAUAUGAAAUUCA